AUGUCUAACGGAAAUUUACUGAGAGAGGUGCCCAUGUCUCACAAUGAACAGUCUCACUAUGUUCGUGCACAAGAGUACACAGUGACGCCACGAUAUCCAACCUCAGGUGGGUCUCUCAGGGCACCCUAUCACGGGUUGUCGAGCACGGGCAACGAUGACACUGUAAUCGUUGACCAGAAAAAUCUCAACCACGAUUCCCAUGAAUUUGCAGAGGGAGAGUUUGUUUGUCCAGGAUUCUUCAACCUCGUCGAUCUAGGUGGGUUCACCCGCCGCUUCAACCCUUCACAAUGGAACUAUGACAUGCGCCACCAAGCCCAGUCCAUCCUUCCAUUCUUAUCUCUUGGCCCUUCAUCAUGUCUACGUGAUGCCGAUUACAUCCGCAGUCAAGGGUUUACACUUCUACUCGCGAUUCGAAGUCGGCACUCGGCUCUGGCACGCCUCGUCUCGGGCGAAAAAGCGGCGGCCGAGGUCAAUAUUAUGGCCGACACUGUUGAUGUUCUUGACAACCAAGAGCUCAUUUCUGCAUUUCCACGUGCUAUCCGCCGUAUCAAUGAUCAUCUAGCUGGUGUGGAUGCGGGAUUUGAUGGAAUGGUGGUUGACGGCCAACAACAGAAAAGAAAAGUCCUUGUCUUCUGCGAGUCUGGGAAUGAACGCUCCGCUAGUGUCGUCAUUGCCUACAUCAUGGUCAUGCUCAAUAUCCAGUCUGCCGAAGCCAUCCACAUGAUUCAACAGCGUCGUUUCUGUGUCUCGAUUGAGGACAACUUGAAAUAUGUCCUCUCGUCUUUCGAGUCCAUUCUUUCUGCUAAACGUGAUGUUGAACGUGCUAAAGGAAUUACUGUUCGUGGGGCUCCGAGCCUUGCGCCUCCAUCCCCACCGCAAAUGCUCACGAGGAAGCGAAGUUUCCAAGAUCAUAGAAAUGAUGAUGUUGCCUUUGAGGAGGGUGAAAUGGACAUGGAUGAGGAUGACGACCCCUUCUAUGCGCGAAAGCCGAAUGCUCCCUUCCAAGACCGCGUGGUCUAG